UUUGCAGAAUAUUCUGACAUAUAUAUGGGGUGUUGUGUUUGUUUUUUUCCUGCAAUGCUUUUUUUACAUGUGCAUGAUCUUUCUUUUUGCUUUCAGGCCUUGAGUAUAAACUUACGUAAGUUCUAAAAAUGGGAAGAAUUUUUCUGGAUCAUAUUGGUGGCACUCGCCUGUUCUCCUGUGCAAACUGCGACACGAUACUGACCAAUCGUUCUGAACUCAUCUCCACUCGUUUUACAGGGGCCACGGGAAGAGCCUUUCUUUUUAACAAGGUGGUAAAUCUGCAAUACAGUGAAGUUCAGGAUCGAGUCAUGCUCACUGGGCGCCACAUGGUUCGAGACGUGAGCUGCAAGAACUGCAACAGCAAACUGGGUUGGAUCUAUGAAUUUGCCACUGAAGACAGCCAGCGCUACAAGGAAGGCCGUGUUAUCCUGGAAAGAGCAUUGGUCCGAGAGAGUGAAGGAUUUGAGGAGCAUGUUCCAUCCGACAAUUCCUGAAGAAACUUGAGUCUCUUCUCAGGUUCUCUUCAAUUGAAACUCAAAAAUAAUAAAAUCAACAAAAAAAGUCUGCUUACAUACACUGUCACCUUAGCAUCAGAGUCGGAUUCAUGGACUACAGAGUGGGAAAGCUUGUGAGAGUAUUUCAGAUGGAACCUUCCUUUCUUUAUUCCUUUUAUAUUUUACUUUCCCUCCAGCAGCUGUUUGUAGAAAGAAUGUUGUGCAGAUGCUGUAACUUUUUCUCUCUUGCAUUUACAUCUAUUUGACUUAGGAUUGUAUCUACAGAUACAAUGGGGUAAAAGGAAAAUAUUUGGGGGAUUUGUCUUUUGUUAGAGAGAAAUUCAAUGAGGUUUUUUUUAGUUUGCACAAACUGAUCUCAGCAUAAAAUUAUUUUAAAACUACAGAUGUUUUUUAAAAAGUAUAUUCCAAUUUUUGGCUUUUUAGUUAGGUUUUUUCCCCUCCCCCUGGUCUUUUCACUUGAUUUGCUAGCUAAAGUAGAGAGAUCCGAAUUUGUGCCGAGUGCUAAAGGUUCAGUGUUGGUACAGCUUGGGCUGGCCCUUGUGCCAUAUUCUUGUUGAGGUUGAUUGGUAGCACAGAGCCCAUUAUUUCUUGUCAUUCUUGACCCAAAGAUGUCACCAUUCUUGUUUAUUUGUGAAGUCCCAUUCACCAUGUAAACUGGUGUUGAUUGGAAACUAUUCUUGAAAUAGGGCAAAACUGCUUGGCUUUUUUUAACUUUAACUGAUGUAACUUAUAAGCAUAGUAAUAAUAUAAAAUAAUAGUUGUCUGUUUAGUCUUGCGUUGCUUACAAAUCAAGCUGUGUUUGUAAUGAUAGGGAUCCACUGAGAAACUACUGUUCCAGUAGUAAUUUUUUUUCAUUUCUCUACUAAUCUCAUUAAGUAGACAGGGAAUUGCAAAUCUUAAUUCUUCAAGUAGCUUUCUUUAAACCCAGAACUUUCUAUGUUAAACACAGCUGCUGUGUAAAAGGAGAAGAUUGCCAGCAUGUUUGUUCAUGCCUAGAGUUAUGCAAUCUGCAUCUCUUGAAAAUAUUAACUUAAACAGCUUGUUUUCAAAUGCUGCUUCUGGUGUUGAAACCUUUAUCUUUCAACUUUGUUGAACCUUUUCAUUGUGAUGUUACAUUUUUAUCUUUCUGGG